AUGAUACCAUUUCAGUGCUUAACUGUUGAAGGAAAAUCUAUUUGGGAAAAGGCAAUUGAUUGCGAAAAAAGAAAAUCAAUAAUUUAUUCUUGGGAAUCAAUUGGAAAAAUCAAAGAAUUUCAAACUCCUUCAUCAAAAUAUUUAACAGAAUCAGAUAUUUAUACAUUUGAAACCAUUAUCUUUAAACAUUUUCAUGAUCAAUUUUCAAAUUAUGGAUUAGGAAACACCAAAUCAUAUAAUAAUUUGAUCAAAGUAAGAUUAAAAAAAUUUGUUAACAAAAUACCUGACAUUAGAAGUGAAGGUUAUAGUGCUAAAAGUAUGAAAAUGAUUUUAUUAAGAUUUUCAAACAUCGGAACACAUAUAAAAAGAUUAGAAAAUGUCGCAGAAAAAUGUAUCAAUAAUCCACAUUUUUAUGGUUUGACUGGUGUGGCUUUUGGGAGAAGCCUUGAUUGUUUCACUUCUUUUAUAAGAACUUCAAUUCUUGUUAGGAUAGAAAAAUCUAUAAUAAAUGAUGAUCAAAUCAAAAUCAUUCAAUUAUAUCAUUUAAUGGAUGAAACUUCAAUCAUACUUGAAAUAAUUGCCAGAUUCUGUAAAUGUGAUGUAUCUGAACAACAUCUUUUAUUAUUACCCGAAAUUCAACAAGAACAAUGGAUGGAUCAAGGAUUCUAUUUACCAUUUGGAAAUGAUAUUCUAUCAGAAAUCUAUAAUUUUAUAGAAUUAAUUGAUAUAUCUGGAUCAUUGUUUCUGAAAUCAGUUUUUCUUGCAUUCUUAGAACAAUCUAGUUGUCCCUUCUUUGAAAUGUUAAGUUCUUGGUUAGGUAUAAAUACAAAUAUUGUAGAAGCUGGGAAAUCACUUAGACUUUUACGAGAUUGUUACCCAAAUCAUGCUUUAUGUUAUCUUGGAAUGAAAGCUCAUGAUCAAAAAAGCAACACAACUUCAUCAACAUUAUGGAGUGUCAAUUUGAAAUGGAUUUUUACACAAGGAGAAAUUGACGAUAUGCAUGAUCAUCUUCGAAACUACUUGAAAGAUAAGACUUUUGAAAUCCUUGCUCAACAAAAACAGAGAAAGAUUGAUCAUCUUCCAAUUAAUAAAACUAAUAGCUUAUUUCAGAAGCAGCAACUAAAUCAACAACAGCAUCAUAAUCACCACCAGUGUCAUUUCAAUUCUAAUUCUAAUCCUAUCAAUCACUCAAAAGUAGAAAAAAAGGGUUCAAAUAAUUAUACAAGCAAAACAUUAGUAUUUGACAUAAUCUCAAACAAAGAAAAUCCAACAAUAACCUUAAUAGAGCAUUUUAUUGAAACUCAAUCAUCUCAAAAAUCCUAUAAACAAUACGUUCCUCCUUUAGGCGUGAUAAAAGAUCUUGUUAUAAGACACACUCUUUUAUCCUAUUGUCAAUUGUUAAAUUCUUCAAUUCUUUCUGUAUUUUUUCAAGAAUAUAAUCUUUGCGCUCAUUUUAAAGUUUUAAAAGACUUUAUGCUCAUGGGGAAUGGUAAAUUUGUUCAAGGAUUGAAUGAUGCUCUUUUUAGUGAUAAUGUUGAUUACGGUGAAAAAUUUUAUGACACCAAUUAUUCAUCAUUACUACAAUCUCCAAUUAAUGCAUGGGCCAAGGUUAAUAACCUGGACGAUUUACUUAUGUUUUCCAUAAAAAAAUCAGAUGAUUAUGAAUCAUGCAAUGAUCCUCAUGUAGAGGCUCUUGACUUCCUUCAACUGGAAUAUAAACCGCCAUAUCCAGUCAACAUCAUAAUAUCUUCAAACGUGCUCGACAACUAUUAUAAAAAGAUUUUCACACUUUUAUUACGUAUUUUACGUAUGGGAUCCGUUGUACGACAUAUUUUUAAAUUAUCUCAUAAUCGCUACUUAUAUUACGACAAUGCCAAUAAUGAUUACAAUGAUAGCAAGUUGAUUCAUAUUUUUUGUUUCCGAUCACAACAAUUUAUUGCCGCUUUAAAUGGCUAUGUUUUUGACAUUGUUAUUUCUUCCACAUGGUCAACUUUAAUGAAAAGAUUGAAUAAAAUUGCAAAAGCAUCAAAAUUUGAGUCACCACAAUCGCCACAAUCACAUAAAGAAUUUUGUGAAAACGAUAACAUGGAUAUUGAUGCCAAUAAUGAAGAAUUAACAUCAAAAAUUAAUCCUGAUUCUGAUAUAUACGAUCAAGAACAUAUAAUAAAAGAUUUAAAUGAAAUCCUAUCAGUCAUUUUAUCAUUUGCUAGAACGUUACGACAUAGAAGGUUUCGUAAUUACAGUGAACAACAGAAACAAGAAUAUUGGAGCACAAUUAACUCUUUAUAUGAAAAAUUUAUAUUAUAUACAUCGAAUUUUGUAAAUACAUUAAAGUCAUUGGAUGAAAAAGUUCUAUGUGUUGAGGUUUUUACUUGA